UAUCCGAAGCGGGUAUAGGGAGCGGACACACGAAGCCCGGCGGCGCCGCUCAACCCGCUGCGAUGCGUCCAACCGCGCCGCUGCCGACGCCACAGGCGACUCGGCCGUCGCCGGCGCAACCUCCAUGGGCGGCUCAUCCCCUGUUGCGGCCAUUGCCACGGGCGACUUCGGUACUGCAGCCAUCUCCCCCUGCCGGGAGUGCCCGACACCCCAGCGCCAUUGGGCUCCUUGCCGACGAUGAGCACCCAGGCCAAUACGCUGUGGUUGUAUCUCGCCUACAUCCGGAACACUCUGCUUCUAGUGUUCCCAGUUCAUCACGAGCCGGCAAGCCUAGUGCUGAUGCAAUGGAAUCAACACCUGGUGCCACUACCACCACCACUUUAUUGAGAAGAAAGAAAGUUUCCUCAUCAUCAGCUAAGCGGAAGGAAUCCGGAAUGAAACAGCAAAAAGAACAACCAACAAAACAGUUGAAGUCACCAGCAGGGCCAAUGUCGCCACUCAUUCCAGCAAGAUCAACAGGGAUAAGGAUGAUGCUAUCAUCCCCAAGGGUAUCCCCAAGGUUGAUGUCUCCAUCUACGACAUUGGCAAACUCCCCACUACAGCCCCCAACAUCUGCUUUGGAGAAAAAAAUAAACAAUCUUGAUCAUGGAUCUCCACAUCUGAUUAAAAGGCGCAAACUUAUAUCUGAGAUAUGGGAAGAUUUUGAGGCAAUAUAUGAUGGUGGAAAUGUGGCUCAAGCUCAGUGCUUACACUGCCAUAUGUUAUUCAAGGUAUUGUUUAGGACUGGAAGUAAGAACUUAACCAUUGCUAUACUUCAAUCAAGACAGGAGGAAGCCAUUUCAUUCUCAACUAGCUACACCAAUUGAGCAUGCUGUACAUUGGAGCUCGUAUUUUCUUUACUAUGUCUAUUUAGGUUCACAAAGACUUUGUUCUAAUCUAAUUUAUUAUUGUAGUAAAAAAAGUUUUAUAUGUGUCAUUAGAAUCCAGUCACGUUUUUCCAUUUCCAGAUAUCUUUUUGAUGUAUGUGAAUGGAUUGUAAAUUUAUACAAUUCUAGAGAUGACACUGCAAGGUUGCAAAUGGCUCUUAUUUAUA